UGUGAGUGUUGGUUUUGAGUCAUAAAUCAUCAACGAUAUGCUUCUUUCUUGGCCACGCAACAGUGCACUGGUAAGAGCAGGCUCGAUAUAGAGGUGUAACGGGAAAGAGCAGCAGUAGGAUUGUGUUUUUCUACACUUCCCUUCAAGAGCAUGGCAUAGAGUUUCUAGAGGGCUAUCAGAUGCAAUGGUAAAAAGCAUACUCGUCAGUAUAUUGUAGACCUCUUAAUACAUUUGACGGAUCCGUGUCGAGUGGAGUAUUUUCGCGCUCUCUCGGUGUGUAGCGGAGUGUGUUGUUACAAACGCUGGUUUGCUGAGCUUCUGUAGCUCAGUGGAGUGUGUUCUGAGCCGUUCUCGGCGGGUCUUGAGUUGUCGUGAAACGCCGUGAAUCGAGUUCGAGUCUCGUGUUUAGUGUCGCGCGCGCCUGUCGUUGUGCAGUACCCCCUAGAGAAGAGUGGUCCAUUAUCAUCCAUCAAUCGGUUAUUUAUUGUUAUUAUUACCACUAGAUUGCAAUUGCCCAAGAGUCAAAGAGCAAUCCGGUCGUCACACGCGCGGGGGACUUUCUUGAGUGGAAGACUUAAGCUCAAGUGCUGAAUUAUCGUAACUCUUCGUAGUGAGUGUGCAGUGCGGGGCGUCCCGGUGUAUCUGUCCAUUUAUUAUCACGGUAGGAUCCUUGAUUGAUACUUUUGCGGCAAGCGCAAGGGUACUCGUGGCCAGUGUUUGCUUGUUUUAUGUUUCCUGAAAUAUGCUCUCAGCCAGCGUCUGAGCGGUUGCCCCAGUUUCAAGGAUUACCAAGUCAAGGUCGAUCCUUCAGUGUGAAGUGCUCGUGACUCCAGAACUUCCCAAGCUUGAACCCGAUGACUUCCGAAAACGAUUGAGGGCCUUUUGAGACAUGACCCAAGAGUGAAUUUGUGGUGUUUAGAUAACUCUAAAAAGUUCCCGGUAGAUUUUUUGAUGGUGGGAAGCAUUCCCGUAGCGCGUAGUUGAACGUAUCUCUAGUGAUUUGUUAGUGUGCUCCAGUGGUGUACAUGUCCACCACACUGUCCAGUGUAUCUGGAGUGUAUCCAGACGAUUCAGAACAAGAGCAUGGACUGUUACCCGAUCUAAAUGGUGUGGAUCUGGUUAUGAGCUUAUCGCCGAAGGGAAACCAUCAUCAUCACCAUUUGACUAGUCUACAGCACCUGCAGAACCUUCAGCACAAUUCUCUGCACAGCCAUUCGACGCCGUUCAGCGUCAGCGACAUCCUGAGUCCCAUCGAAGAGUACCGCAAGCUGGAACUCAGCGCCAACCCACCGUCUCCAUAUAGCGGCGGGAGCAGCGUAAACUCACCUAGUGGUCUCGGUUCGAACACGGUAUCGUCAGUGUCGGCAGCGGCUGCCGCAAGCAGUAUGGCCAAUCCGUACCAUGCCAUGGCUCCCCUGUACCACAGUCCGAGUGUGCAGAGCUACUGUGGCCCCACGGACAACCUGUCCCUGGCCGGCCAUUACACCGAUAUGCGGAACUCGGCCGCCGGUUGGUACGGGUCCACGGCCAGUGAUCCCAGAUUUGCGAUAUCCCGGUUGAUGGGUGGCUCGGCGAGUGGCUCCAUGGGGCACGCAAUGUCCAACAUGGGUAGCCUGGCGGCGUGUAGUAUGACGGACACCAAACCAAUGCAAUUCCCGCUGGCCCAACGACGGAAACGGCGGGUGCUCUUCACUCAGCAUCAGGUUUACGAGCUGGAGCGGAGAUUUAAACAACAAAAGUACCUGUCUGCGCCCGAACGGGAACACUUAGCCAGUUUAAUAAGCCUCACCCCAACGCAAGUUAAAAUAUGGUUUCAGAAUCAUCGAUACAAAUGCAAACGGCAAGCCAAGGAGAAGGCGAUGGCGGAGCAGAACCAGCAUAAUCAGUCAGCCAGCUCACCACGACGUGUGGCCGUACCAGUACUAGUUAAAGAUGGCAAGCCGUGUUCCGGCGGCUCUAAUUCCAGCGCUUCUGCUCAACAGCAGCAGCAGCAGCAACAACAGCAGCAGCAGAGUCAACAGCAGCAGCAACUAGGCGGCAGCAAUACUUCCCUAACGUCCAGCGGUGGUGGCGGUGGCGGCGGCGGUGGUGGAGGCGGAGGUGGUUCCUCAGUUGUCCUAACCAGCGAUUCCAACCAAACCCACUCGCCAGACACGCCCACAACAACGCUCCUGUCGUCGUACCAGGGCAGUCACAACGUGACCGGCCAGAUGCUGCAGCAGCCGUGCAAUAACAGUCUCAUGUCCAACAGCCUGGCCAUGGCGUACCGGAACCAGAACAACUUCAUGGCCAACAGCCACCAGCAGCAGUGCGGAAGCUACUUGCCGUUGCAAACCCGAGCCUGGUAAUAUUAGGUGAUUUGUUAGGUCUUUAUUCUUCCUCUUUUGAGCGUCCGACGCCGGAAGAGUAGUUCUGGGGUUAUUGUGGGUGACGAUAAGUUUACGAUAAAUCCGGAACUGUUUCCCGGGCGUCUCGUAUUAAGGGUGUUCGAUCUUACUUUUUGUUCUCUUUGAAACCCACGUGAAACAAAAGACAAACCGUCUACUGUUAGCAUUCGAGGAAUCUCGUUUUACUUAAUUUUAUAUUAAAUUAAUAUAUACAUAUUUUAUCUAAGCUGUAGAUUUGAUUUUUCCAUGGGAGGCAGAGACGAAAUACUUACUAAAAACAAAAAAAAAGUAAUCAAACUGUAAAUAGAAACAAACAAAUAACUAGCCAAUAAGACGACUCAAGUGCAUCUGAGUUGGGCGCCAUACUGUGACCAUGGGUCGUCAGUAAAAGUGUAGCAAAUGAGACAACGACGACCAAGACGACGUUUUAGUGUUGGGGAUAACAAUGGAUUUGAAAUUGAAGUACAAUUGUUGCGGAGUAGUGAUCGUAUGGAAACACAAAGAAGAGGAAAAUACUAACACAUUUGGAACACCAAUCGGCCGCGUAACAUCGACGACAUUGCAAUAACAGUAAUCAUAACAAAGAUACUUUAUUCAUCGUCAUUAGAAUACAGCUUAUGUUCAUGGAAUCAAUAGUUUUGUUUGUUUGUUUCAUCAUUGUUUUCAAUAAUUCCACCAAUUCCAAUUUGUAAAAAUAUUCGAGACAUCAAACGUUCCGAUUUUAAUUUCAUUGUAACAUAAUCAGAAUCAGAAUUUUAAAUUCAAUUUCAAUUAAAUUAAGCGUUUCCCGCCAUCAAUAAAAACGGACAUUAAUGAUAUCGAUAGAAGCAUGGAGCAUAAAAUUAAUUCAGCGCCCUGACAGAAAAAAAAUCUCAUUUUAAUUAAAGUGUAAAUAUAUUCGAAGCAGUACGCAUGUGACAUUAAAAAAUGCGUCAAUCAACAAAAAUCAAAAAGAGAAGGCCACAAAAUUAAAAAAUUCGACUCCUAUCGAAUUGGUUAGGUAACACAAUUGGAAACCUUUGCCGACAAUGACGCUCACGACGACGACCGUGACACCUAGAAGCGCUCAGUUUUCUAUGAGGUAAAUCUGUACAUAUAGGCACCAAUUUCAGUAGCGAUUUUUCCUUUUGCGUGCAUGAGAAUGAGCAAAUGAAAAACAAUGGAAACAAAAUGGAAUAUUUAUCUCAUCCUGUGCUCAUCAUGCUCUCCCACCCGUAUCCCAUAUUUCCCAUCCCAUACACUGUUCCCCGCAAUUGUGAAGUUGAAUUCUGACACCCCCGCACCCGUUCAUUGCGGAUUUGUACGAAUGAAUAAUGUGACUCAACAACAAAACUGCUGCAUAUGCAAAUAAGCGCAACGCAAGUGUAAUAGAACUUUCCAAUGAUAUUAAAACAAAAUUGACACUGAAAACAGGAGUUUUUAGUCCAAACGAGAGCAUCAGGAAAGGUGAGGCAUGCUCUAAAUCAAUCAAAGUAAGAACGUUAUUUAAUUUAAAUCAUAUCUAUAAAAAGAAGGAAAAAAAUGUAGUGAAAAUUAAAGUCAAAUGCGGCAAAACAUUUCAGUUACGGGAGAAGCUCGAUACUAAUUGAAACCUCUGUACGUUGGCACACGUUGUGGUGGCCAAGUUUGUAUUAAAUUUGAAAGAAUAUAGAAUGUGGUAACUAAAAAAAUGGCGAAAAGAAAUAAACAUCAGUAUAAAAAAAAUAAA